AUGGUGGUCUUCCACAGUCUCGGAGGGUGGCACAGGAAGAACUACUCCUUCAGCAAUGAUGAGGUUCAACGCAUACAUUGAGAGAACCAGCAGCUUCUGCGAGAGCUGUCGCGCCUGUCUUUCAGGCCAGGAAGUACAGUAGGGAAGAAACCCCAAGCAGCAAAAAACUCACCUGUCGCUCGCCUGUCUCACAGUGCAGUCAACAGGCAGCAGGAGCAGAAGCGCAUCGAGAGGGAGAACCUGGCAUUCCUGAAGAGGCUGGAGUCUGUCAAGCCCACUCCUGGCAUGAAGUGCUCAGAGCAGCUGGGAUACCUGGGAGCUUCCUCUUACCCAAUCUACAGGGCCACGUCUAAAAAAGAGAGGCCCUCCAGCAAUCCCAGGCCAGCCAGUGCUGCUCAACGCGGCUCUAGAGCGGUCUCUGCCACCGUUGACUCCACCACAGCACCUGCACACCGGUCCAGAAAGGCCUCGGCUCCACUGCCACGGCUUGACCCCCUCCCCCCGUCCACCACCCCAAGGCUUACCACUGACUUUCUGAUCUGCAGUGCUAAUGCGUUGUGGCACACAGAUCCACACACCAUGAGUGUGAGAUAG